AGUGGCGCGCGACAGUUAAAAACUUAAAAACCGGAGAUUUUGAUAGUUGCUAACUCGUUAGCAUCAUGUAAACCGUGUAAAACGACAUUUUUUUCGUUCUACUGACCGUGACCACCUACUGCCAAGCAUGUCGUUUACGAGAGUGGGGCGUUCACAACAACAAACUAAAGGAAAGAGGCCUGUUCGUCCAAAGAAGGCUGUAGCUCCCAGAAAAGACUGGGUAAGCACUGUCAAUGAUCUGUCUGUGCAUAAGCUAACGCCUGAUGAGCUGCGUCACCGACAUGAGAUCCACAAGUCUCAUAACAAAGUUGCAGCUCAGUGGGAGCUCAAGGAGAGAGCCCUGAAACGCCGCCUCAGACAUGCUGGGAGUCCUGCGCCCCUGGACCCGGUCAGCCUCAACAUCAUGAGGGAGGUCUUCUCUCAUCAGCUGCUGCUGCAGGACGUGCUGGCCCGUUCUGACAGAACCUUGGCUGUGGUCAAAGAUCUGUUUGGAGAUGCUCCACGGAGGCAAACUGGGAAUCCCAGUCUGACUGUGGCUCCAAACUGUGACUCUGACUCAGAAUUACCUGUUCACCAGAAACCAGAUCCUCCAACCCAGUUGUCUCUCCUCAGCCAGUCUAUGAUGGACCAGGAGGCCCUUAAUGAAAUUGAGGAUUCAGAUGAAGAGCGCAGAGAUGAUGUGUGUCAUUCACAUAACUCAGAGACUCGCGUGAUCAGAAGGGCCAGUGUACGUAAAAUGAAAUUGCAGUCUCAAGCUAGAGGUAUGCAGCAACAAAAGGUUCAUCCUCUCCGAUAUCUGGAAGAUGAUGUGCCUGUGACACCCUGUGCCUCAGGAAGAGUACCAGAUCAAACAGCUCUUAAUGCCACUGUGGCUGUUCGACGUGUUCGGUCUAAACAGAAUCAAUUAGAGAAAGCCAACGAAGAAACUUCUGCCGUUGUUUCUCAGGUCCUGAAUCCUGAACUUUCUUCUAGUCAAUCUGAAAGAACCAGCAAUCGUACCAACAGGAAGUGGUUUUCUCAGAGCUUGGAACUGGAUGGCUCCUCUGUUGCCUCUGGAGACCAGUCCAGUCUGGGCCUGCUGCAAGCCAUGUUGGGACAGGUGGAGGCAGACGUGGAAACUCUUAAUCCUGGCACAGUACCAGAAUCCUCAGGGAGUCCAAAACACCACAGAACACAAGGCCUCACGGGAUUCUCUGUCGCCUUGAUCUCCACGCUUGGACGUUUAGUACACGUCCUCAAACAGAGGGAAGCUGAAGCUCAGAAAGAGGCAGAAGAAAGAAGAAAACUGCAGAAGCAGUUACAGGAGCAGCGGGGGCUUAUUGAUGCUCUCACAGCUGAAACCAUGACUCUGAGGGAGGAGGCUGCAGCCCUGCAGAAAGGGUUGCAGGCACAAACGGCAGAGUUGGAGCAGAAGUUGGACACAGUGGUGCUGGUGAUGGGAGGACUCGGACAGCUGGAGGGCCAUAUGAGCCCAACCAAAGACUCUGAUGUCACAGAUGCCAAGUCCAAUGUUAGUCAGUCAGGUCCUGAGAAAACACACGUUUGUGUUUCCCCUGCUGUCCUGCUUUCCCCACCUCGACAGAGCAAUAACUGGCAACAACCUCUUGUGACUCCUCCUGCUUCUCUGCAGCAUCACCUUCCCCCUUUAGAUCCCCAGUGUUCCUGUGAGGUUCUUCAGGCUCAUGGCUCGUCCUCAAGUCUCCACAGUGUGCCGCUUAGCAGACGCUCCUCCACCUCACUGUCACUCGCCUCUGAUCCUCUCCGCACACAGCCCUCUCCAGAAGCCAUGCUAGCUGAGAUUGCGCAGCUGAGCAGAGAGAACGAGCUGAUCAGGUCUCAGCUCAGCCAGACCAAAGACCGCAGGUCAGAGGUCGCAGGAUUGCCUAACAGCGUCAGUGAGCAGAAAAAGGAGAGUCCUGUCAGCACAGGGAGAAUCACUCCUCAAAGUGUCGGAGAGAGGAGGACGUCCGGGUCCAGCAGCACGAGCAGAAGCCAAAACAUUCAGUCUCCUGACGAGAAAACUUUGAGUCAACAGACCCUGUCGUCCAGCACCCUCAGUGUGAACAGCGUGGAGCAGCGCCUCCUGGAGCUCAACAGGCAGAGUGCAGCAGCCAGGAGUCGACUCCUGGAGCUUAUCGAGUUACAGAAGCAAAACGUUGCAGCCAGAGUGUCUCCCUCUGUGUCCCCCGUGCCUCCCUCAGCCUUCAGCCCAAACACAGCAGGUAUGCUGGAGGAGUCGGUGAUGCAGCCGGAGCAGGAUGUUCCCUCACAUCGACGAUCUGCUGGUCCUGAAUCGUCUCCCCACUGUUUCGAAACAGGACCUGGAAAAAUCCAGAUGAAGAAGCAGAGCGAACGAGAGGGCUGGUUUGCCUUGUCAACUCACGUGAGAUGA